AUGGAUGAGAAUCGAGUAUCUCUGGAUUUUCUAACAGAUGAAUACCUUCCGGGAGAAUGUAGCGAUAAUAGCAUAGAUGAGGAAGAACUCAACAACUUCCUCAUGGGAGAGCUGGCAGAACCAGCAAAACCGAAAAAAGCCUCAUUCGCAGAUAAAAUAACAGCUAAAAUAUUCAAAAGGAAGAAUAAAAAGAAAAAUCAAGAUACAUUUUAUACAAAGAAGAGUGUAAGGAAGAAGAAGAGAAGAAAGACGGCAUCUCAUAGUAGUAAAUUAAACCCAGAACUAGAAAAGUUAUUGCAAGAAGCAACAGAUUUAUAUCUAAAUAAAAACUUUGAAGAAGCAGUAAAAAUACUAAAGGAACUGAUUAGAAGAGCACCAGGACUACAUGACCCAUUCCACAUGCUAGGACUAAUAUACCAGAAUGAAUACAACGAUGUUACAACGGCGAACAGCUAUUACCUGCUGGCGGCACAUUUGGUUCCUACAGAUACUGACCUGUGGCAAAGAAUAGGAGAAAUGAGUCAAGAAACCGGCAACAUCGACCAGGCAAUUUACUGCUUUAAAAAAUGCCAAAGAGAUCAAGAAGGACAAAUUAACGAACAAGCAGUUUUUGCACUGGCAAUUUGUUACAUCGAAAAGAAAGACUACGAUAAUGCGGCGAAGAGGUUCUUGGUACUGUUCAAUUUACAUCCAAAUGAUAAGCUUAUCGCAAAUGAACUUUCCAGAUGUUUUCAAAUGAUAGGAGAUUUGCACUCAAGUUUGCUGGUGCUGACAGCGUAUUUUAACGCAACUUUGGACUCCGAAAUACUAGAGACGAUCCUGGAAUUGAAUGUAAAUUUAUGCUUGUUUGAGGAGUGUUUUAAGAUAUUGGAGAGUAUCUGUACCACAAACAGUAUUGAGCCUAAACUAUUACCGUUAGAACACUUAGUUUACUAUGUAAUCUCGUGUUUGAACCUGGAUAGGCCAGUAGACCCAGAGCUAGACCUGCUGCAUAACUCACAGUUAAAUGUAAAAUAUUCAUUCCUGAUCGCAAAUCAUCUUUGUCCAAAUCAUUUAGAAUUGUCAGUUUCAUGGUUUAAAAAGGCGUUUUCAUCAAUAGUCUCGAGUGACCAGAUAGAUGUACCAACAACACUUAAGAUAUCAAAGUGCCUGACACUGGAUAGUAACCACCAUGAAUUUCUAGUUAAAGUGCUGAGGACAGCACUUGAAAGUUACCCUAACAACUCCGAGCUCCUGAUUAAUCUCGCAGAUAUUCUCCUACAGCUAGGAAAUAUCAAUGAGGCCGAAGAGCUUUUAUCCAAACUCACACUAAACGAUUUGGAUAAAAUUAAAGAUAUCCCAGAGCCUAUUGGUGAAGAGGAGAGAAAUGAAAUGUUUAAUAAGCUUAACAGUGAGAUAGAAGAGAUAGAGUUGGAAUACUUAACUGACCCCAGUGCCCGCGUUUACCCAUGUUUGCUAUCAUAUGGUAAGACAGUAUCCCUGGAUAAAACGAAGUUAAAUGAGUGGGUUGAUACAUAUCUGAAGGUAAUAAAGGAUUGUGAACUGGAUACUGAAAGAGCAAUUCAGAGGCUAAGUAAGGCUAGGAUUAUGAGGGCAUCAAAACUAAAUAAUUUUAACCAUAGUUUGAACAGAGAUGAAAACUCAAUUUUCAUGAAAAAUGAGCCUAAAAAGACAACACUCAACAAGAGUUACUCAUUCCUUAAGGUUAAAAAGGAAUUAAACCUAAAAUCAGCCGAAGAUAUUUUAGGAUGGGCUGGAUAUGAGAGGUUAAUAUUUACUGCAACAGUGUUUAUGUGUCUAUGUAAUAGAGUUAAGGAGGCAGUUGAGGUGCUUGAACUCAUUUCAAACAAUAAAAAGAAAUACAAGUCAAAUUUAGACUCAGCUGAAAGAAAAUCAUUGAUCAAAACCGUGGAAAAAAUUAUUUUCAGUAUGAAUUACGAAUGCAGUUCCUUUGGAGGAUUAUUUAAGAUAGCAAUAACAAGUGCUAGGAAUGAGUUUUUGAAGGAUCCAGUGAAUGGAAGUUUGGAAGGAUAUUCAAGGAUCUUGGGGACUGGGAAACUAGCACAUGCAGCUCUUCUACCACUCUCAUCAUCAAAUGAAAGAGACGCCUUGCUAGAAAAUAGGGCUUGGGUAACAAGGCAGUUGUUACAGUACCCGGACAACUUCCAGCUGUUAAUGUUGGGAGGGCAUUUUUGUACAAUUUCGGGAAACUGGUCAUAUGCUAAACAUGAGUACCAAAGAGCAUAUCAAAAGGAGCAAAAUGACUCACUAGCUUCACUUUGCCUAGCAACUUCAUACUUUAACUCACUCAACAAUAGAAUCACCGAUAAUGUGAACAAGUCGUUGGUAUUGGGAAUGACAUUUCUGCAAAAGUAUGUGGAGCUUAGGAUGAGAAGAGUGCACCAACUGGGUUUGCCGGAAACAUGUACACUAGUGUUCAAGGCUGAGGGAAUGUAUAACAUUGCAAGAGCUUAUCACUUUCUUAAGUUGUUUAACCUGGCAGUGCCACUCUACGAAAACUGCCUGGAACUUGUAUCUAGUAUUGGGGACACUGAUGUACCCAGUGACAAGGAAGUUCAGUGUCCCUGCAUUCUCUGCGAUUACUCCAGAAUGCCAAUAAGACCAAUGCCAAGCUCAUGUAAAGGAUUCACUCCAACUUCAUUCAUUAUUAACCACGUAAAACUACAAAUUCAGAGGUCGGCCGCCUAUAACUUAUUUCUAAUCCACUCGCAAAAUAAUAACCAGAUGCAAGCGAGGUAUAUUUCGUCAAAGUAUAUAAUCUGGAGCUGA